CUCAAUAAUAAUCAAUAUAAAUCUCUUAUUGUAUCUUGGAAAUCAAAAGUGACUAAAAUAAUUGAUAAUCAGGAAGAUACUCUCGUGGCAACACUGCUUCAACUUCUUUCGAUUACUCUAAAUCGCAAAGAAAUAAUUGAUAAUAUUCCGUCGGCUCAGACUUCACCAGUUGAAACAUUACUUCCGCCAAAUUAUCAUUUGGCCUAUUUUUUGCCAAAAGAUUAUGAGCAUGAAUUGUCUUAUGAUGGGUAUAAAACUAAAUAUUCACCGCCUGCACCAUUUUUAAGACGUAUGUGGGCAGGUGGAGAAUUAAUAUUCAAUAACGAAAAUUUAUUAAGAAUUGGGCAAAAGGCGACAAUGACUACUAAAAUUCGUGAUGUAGAACAUAAAAUCGGUAAAUUAGGAGAAAAU